AAUCCUUAGAUUGUGCGCAGGCGCAGUCAUGGCCUGACGUGGAACAAGAAAGAACAGAAAAAUGCGAAAAAUAGUAAUAUAUUGUUUAUUUAGCGGAAUUCUAGGGAAAAUAGGUGCAAAUCUAUCAGAUAAAAGAUUAUGCUCGGAACCCUCAUGCAGCGCGGAGUUGGGGCUCGGAAGAACAACGAUCAAAUACCAGGCGGUUCACGAUGGGAUGCUCAGUUUCCCACCACACAAGGAGGUUCGAAUAUUCUCUCGUGGAGCAGGAUCUAAUCCAGAUCUCUGGGGGGUCAUGAUCGAUGGAAGACGAGGCUAUGUGAACAAGAGACACAUUCAAGAGACUAAAGUAUUUAUUUCCAAUCCAUCAGUAGAGGUCGACCUCGAGCCAAACUUUAAGCCUCAACCUCCUCAGAUUGAGCCCUCCUUGGAUAACAGGGUUCCGUCUGAUAGUCCGUCAUCCCAGCCUCUGGAAUUAUCUCAACCUCUGGUUUCCAGUACAGAUCCACCAUCAAAGAUAAACCCCACCCUAUCGCCAACACAAGCUCGGGAAAAUUUCGAGGUUGUUGACGGAACCACGUUGUUUCUUGAGAACGAUGUGAAAAAAAUAAACAAUUCUCCGCCGGCGAACAACACACCAGAAAAUAUCCAACCCACACAGACCGCAACAACCGCCGGCGGAGUAACUUCCGCCGCAGAUAGCAAUGUGGCGGCAGAUAAAACUCCAGAGAUUGAGAGCUCAGUUCUUUCUCCAGAAUUCCAGGAAGUUGGUGAGAAGUCGGAUAGUUCAGCUCCACUCCCUCCUGGACCCCCAUCCCCCACCCAGCCACAGGGCCACAGCCAACCCAUUGACACCACUGGUGGCGUUUCUGGUGAGGUGAUCAGGGAUACGCCUAGAACAAUUGCCACGCCCUCCACAUCAGCAACUAACCCUGAAGCUCAAGAAGAGGUAGAGGAGGAAGAUGUUACGGCUGAUUAUGAAAACUAUGAUGAUGAUGAUGAGUUUAAUGAGUCUCUAAGUGAUCUGGAAAAUAUUCUUGAUGAUCCUGUUCCAGAACAAGCAAAAGAACCUCCUGCUUCUGUACAAAACCCAACCCCAGGUCCAGUUCAAACCCCAACUCCUGCUCCAAUUCAAAACCCAACUCCAGCUCCAGUUCAAAACCCAACUCCUGCUCCAGUUCAAAACCCAACUCCAGCUCCAAUUCAAAACCCAACUCCAGCUCCAGUUCAAAACCCAAAUCCAGCUCCAGUUCAAAACCCAACUCCAGCUCCAAUUCAAAACCCAGCUCCAGUUCAAAACCCAACUACUGCUUCAGUUCAAAUCCCAACUCCUCUUCCAGUUCUAAACCCAUCUCCUGCUCCUGUUCAAAACCCAACAUCUGCUCCUGUUCAAAGCCCAACUCCUGCUCCUGUUCAAAACUCAACCCCUUCUCCUGUUCAAAACCCAGUUACUGGUCCUGUUGAAAUACCGCCAUCAACUCCUGCUCCCAUUCAAAAACCAAACCUUGUUCCUGUUCAAACCCCAACUCCUGCUCCUGUUCAAAACCCAACUCAUGCCCAAGAUCAAAACCAAACUCCUACUAAUGUUUAUACUCCAAUUCCUGCUCCUGCUUCUACACAGAAACCUAAUACUGGAAAUCACCAAGGUACUCCAGAUUCUCCUGAUCAACCAUCACCAGCUUUGGCAUCUACUGCAGAACCCACUCAGGCUCCCAUUGAAGAACCUAAAUCCACCCCUAAAUCUAUUCAAGAUCCCACUCAUACUCCUAUCGAAGAACCCGAAACCACCUUUUCUUCUACUCCUUCUGGAGAGGCACCUAGUUCUGAAGAGGCACCUAGUUCUGAAGAGGCACCUAGUUCCGAAGAGGCACCUAGUUCCGAAGAGGCACCUAGUUCCGAAGAGGCACCUAGUUCCGAAGAGGCACCUAUUUCCAAAGAGGCAACUAUUUCCGAAGAGGCAUCUUUUCCUUUGAAAGAGGCACCUAAUCCUUCUGAAGAAGCACCUAGUCCUUCUGAAGAGGUGCCUACUCUUAAAGAGCCAUAUAAUUUUCGAGAAGCAUUUACUCUUGAUGAGGCACAGCAAUACUUGCAGUCUAAAUAUAAACAGUCGAAAGAUAAAAAGAUUAUGCUGAAUACUGAUGACGCAACAACUGCUGAAAAGACAACUGAUUCUGAUGUUGUAUCACCAUCUCUUGCUCCGGAUACUAACAGUGAAGAAGGAAAGGAAGCGCAAAAUGAAAAUAAAGAAUCAGGUAGAGCUCAUGAGGAUCAUAAAGAUGAUGAGGAAGAGUCUGAAGAUGGUGAGACUGGAGAUGUACAAGAUCAAGAGCUAGAUGAAGCUCGUCAGGAUGAUGACUCUUCUAAAGCAUAUUAUUACUCGACUGAGGAAAAUUAUGAUACCACUGAAGCAUACUAUUACUACGAGGAUGAUCAUGAGAAAGGGGAGGAAAUUUAUAAGGAAUCUAGCAAUGAGGAAUCUGACGAAAAACAAGAAUUUAAUACAGUAAAUCCCCAAGAAACGCAUACAGAAAAUCCUCAAGAUAUCCAUUCAGAAAAUGCGCAAGAAAACAAUCCAAAUAUUCAGCAAGAAGAUUUCAUUUCAGAAACUUCACAAGAAAGUGCGCAAGUCCAAGUCGAGGAGAAAAAGAGCGAAGGAUUUUUCAGCGGUUGGUUUGGAUCUUCAGAAGAACCUGCCAAAGAGGAGCCAGCUGCUGCUAUUGAACAAAAUGUUAAGCCAGUAGAAGAAACUCUUCCAGAAGGAGGAGACACAUCUUCAGGAUUUAUCCCCAACUAUUCAGGAGAAAUUAAAUUCUUUGAACCCGGGGAUGUAAAAGAUGAAGGAGUGGAAGGCCUCAAGGAUGGAAUUGUUAACGCUCCUGAAAUCCUAGAUACCCCUAUGGUUCAAGAAGAUGGUUCUGUCCAAACUGAUAACUUUCAAGAAGGUUUAAAUCCCGAAACUGGUUCUUAUCCACCUGACAAUCAAGUUCAAACCGGUUCAGUCCCAGAUUCCGUUGAACAAUACAACUAUCCUGAUAAAGCUGCUUUUAACAAUGUGAACGAUCAUUACCAAGCCGAAAACACUGAGAAUAAUUAUGGUGUAGAUCAGUAUGGGAAUGCUGUAGAUCAGAAUGGGAAUACCGGAGAUCAGUAUGGGAAUACCGGAGAUCAGUAUGGGAAUGCUGGAGACAUUGGGGACUCGCAUGAAUCCGGAGAGAACUAUGCAAGUGAUCCCUAUGCUAACCAAUCAAAUACAGAUUUGACCGGAGCGGAUUCGGCAAUAGAUUUACCAAGCUCCCAUCCUUCAGACGAUGUCGCCCAGCCCCGUGGAGGUCUAAUGGGAGAGGAGGUCAUUCCUGGUGGUCAAUUUGCCGAAGGAGGUCCUAUGGACAGCCUGCCUGACAUGCAUGCUGAUGCCCCUUAUACAGCAUUCCUUCUGGACUAUGUUCCUGGAUGGUUACAUGAGAGUGUACAUGAAGCAGGAGGAAUUAAUGCGGAUAGAGCCCUUCUCCUUGUCAUUAUAGCCUUCACUAUGCUACUACUACACCUUAUAAACUCCUGUGUAGCUAGAAGUACGCGAGAGAAACCUUUACUGGCGAAACUAGCAGAGCUUGAUAGGAAACUAUUCCAGAGUACUAACGAAGUUCUUGUACUCCGUAAAGAGAUGAGUGAGAAUACUGGGUCUAUGUCUACAGUAUCAUCUGCUCAGGUCCAAGAACUAGAAAUACAGCUGGAGCAAGCAAACAUUGAGAAAACUCAGCUACUUAAUUAUCAGCAGGAAAUUCAGAAAAGAUGUUCCCAGUUUGAGGAAGAAAUGUACCGUGCAGUUGCAAUUCAGCAAGAUAAGGAAAAGGAGGCCGAGCUUGCAAGGGAGGAGAAGGAGGCUGCUCUUGAGGAGCUCAAGUUGGCGCAGGAGAUGGUGGAGGAGAUGAUCAAUUCUCAGAAUAAUAAUCAAUCAGAUGAUAAACUAUUAGAGUUGGUGCAGAAGCUGCAGAAGCAGCUUGAGAGUCAGCAGGAUAUACUCAAGCAAUAUGAACCAAAAAUGAAAAAGAAGGAAAAGGAAACUAAAGAACUUUCCAAGGAGGUGAAACAGCUCCGAGCUGACCUAGCGAAUGCGAACCUAGCCAAGGAUAAAUUAACAAGAGAGAUGGAACAGAAGGAUCAGAUCGCAGAAGAGAAAUUCAAACUUUUAGAGAACGUGACAAAGAAUGAGCAGGAGUGGCAAAGUUUAACCGAACUACUUCAAUCCCAGCUGGAGGAGAAAACUGAACAGUAUUCAGAUCUUGAGACAGAACUUAGUACAAUCAAGUCUAGGUUGAGUAUAUAUAAGAAUGAACUAGAAAGUAAAGAAGAACAAGUUGAGGUUCUUGAAGAGACAAUUCUACAGAUGAAGAAAAAGAAAGGAAAAAGUGAUGAUGAGAAGGCUGAGGGCUGGGAACUAGGAGGAGGAGAAGGGGAUGGAGAAGGUUGGGAGGUUGAUGAUCUAGGAGAGGUUCUGGAUGAGGAGGAUGGUGAGGAGGGUAGUGAGGAGGGUAGUGUCGAAGUUGCCAAGUAUAAGGUUGCUGCUAAGAGAGCUACUAACAAAAUGAACAGGAUGGAAGAUGAGUUGAAAACGAUUAGAGAAAACCUUUCUCAAGCAUCAGCUCAGUUGUCCACUAAAGAGGAGGAAGUGACCUUGUUACGAAGCGCCCGUGAUGAAACCGUGAAAGAACUUGUGGAAACCAACAGGCGGCUUGAGGUUCUUGAACAGUUCUUUAAUAAGAAGGAAGCUGAACUGCAGAAACAGUUGGGAUUACAGAGUGCGAGAUUUGGUGAUGUAAGCAGUAGUGCUGACACUACAGCCAGACAGUUAAUAUCCGUCACAGAAGAACUUGAUUCCACGAAGGGAGCUAUUAAGGUUUUGAAAUCUGAACUUGAAGAACAGGAGAAAAGUUUGAAAGCUGCUGUAGCCCUUCAGGAGAAGAAAGCGCAUGAGAACUGGGUUGCCGCGCGACAAGCUGAAAGGAAAUUAACUGAUCUCCAGACUGAGGUUGGAACCUUGAGAAACCGUCUGACAGUUACAGAGUCGCGAGCAAACACUCUUGAGCAGGAGAAACUAGAUCUACAGGAUACCAUUCAGAAUAUACAGCAGGGAAAACCAGGAGUAGGAGGUGUUGUCCGAAGUAAAGCUGUUUCCUUUGCUCCUGAUACAGAGUCAGAAGCUGUGAAUAACGGUGUGAACGGGACAAAUGGGGGAUGUUCAGAGACAAGUAGUAUUGCUGACCCCUCCUCCCUACCCCCACUACCAGGACUACCAGGACUACCCGGACUAGCAGGGGUACCUGGUAUACCUGGACUACCUGUACUAUCCGGACUAUCCCUACCUAAUAUGAUGGUUCCCUCACUCCCUAUGUUUGGAGCUAUGAUGGAUGCACGACCCCCACCUAUUGGACGCAUGUCACCGCCAGCUAGAGACAGAGAUCAUUCCUUCCGUUCCAGCUCCCCUCCACGAGGCCGAGAUUAUUCCCCGAGCUCGAGGUCGGAGCGAAGGAUCGGAGGUCGGCGACCUCCAUCUCCCACCAGAUCAGAUAGAGGCUACUACAGGGAUUCAUCCCCAGAUAGGAGUUUUCGCCGGGAGGAUCGAUUUGAUCGUAGAGGUUCAAGAGAAGGAGAUUAUGAUCAUCGUAGGGAUUUCGAUCGUCGGCAUGAAUAUGAUGAUCGGCGAGAUGAUGCUUAUUAUGAUCGACGAGGACGGGAUCACCUCAAAGAACCGAUAUCAGGUCCUAAAACAUCCUCUCCAUUGGAUUCAGGCAGUAGGGCUUUCGGAGUUUGAGAUUAUUAUGUUAAACAAGAUUUGAAUCCGUUACGGUGUGGACUGUUCCAGAACAAAGUUAAUUUAUGUUCCUGGUUUAGUUUACUGUUCCAAUAAUCACUUUGUUCCUGGAUUUAGAACUACCAUUGUAUUCCUUGCAUUGUAAAUCAAGUUGUAACUUACUGAAUUAUUGAGGGAUUAAUUUAUCCCCUAAAUUCCUAACUUUAUUCAUACUGUUACAGUGUUCCACUGUUAAUUUCUGCAGUGAUGGUUCAGGUUUGAGAAUAUGUGAUAAAAAGCUAGUUUUAAUAUUUAAAUGGGAAGUAAUGUGGUUAAUCAAAGAUGCAAAUCAGAUGUUGUUUCUGUUUAACGUUAAUCAAAGACAAGCUUUUAAUAGGUUGAUGUCUUAAACCAAUCAAAGACCAGGUUUUAAUAUGUGGUUUUUAUUGACUAAUCAGAGGUUAGCUUCAAAUAGGUUGAUGUUUUUGACCUAUGAGAGGCCAGAUUUGUAUAUCUGAAUGUCUUUGUCCAGUAAGCAUUUUAUAAUCAUCUGAACUUGAUAACCCACAGCUUAAACGAAGCAAAGCCAUUUAACUCAUUUCAGUAAAUUGAUCAUUGGCGUCAAAUUGAUAUUUAAGUUGAAAGUAAAAAAUUUUUUGUAAAAAUGAAUAAAAUUACUUUUUUUGAGUCAUCACACAUUCCGCAAUAGAUAAACUUCUGUAUUGUAAACUAUAGAUUAAUUGAAUACAACUGUCCUAAUAUUAACUGAGAAAGGCACCGGUUUAUUGGCAUUUCAGUGGUUCCACAGGAAUCUGAGAUUUUUGUAUUCUCUUAAAGUUUAACGUUCUGCUAAUGAUUAGAAACCCCAACAAAACUGUGAGUAAAAAUUAAAAUUAAUUUUUUUUCGCGUUGGCAUUUUUAUUUGUGUCGAAAUUAAUAGAGCAGACAUUAGAGAAGUUUUAAACAAAUUAAACAUUUUCGAUUUUUUGGAGUUCUCUAAAAAUUCCUAUGUUCUGAAUUAGUUAUAUUUUCAGAAGAAUUAAUACAAGGCUACUGCCGCGAUACUUAAUUUCUGUGUCAAUAUGUUGAAGAACAGCAAUGAUUUGUGAAAUAUAUGCAGUUUGCUUAAUAAUCCCCCCUUCCAUUGUACUAAUAGUUUUAUCAAUUCUUAAAUUUAUAUCGAGCAUUUUUAAUAAGCAAUAUUUUCACUAAAUAUUAUUUGUAUGAAGUAUUUAUUAUGGUUUUAUUUAUAAAUAAAGAAUUCUAUUGA